AUGUUAAGACGCAACUUUUAUCUCGCUGGGUUAAUUGCUGUCACCGUGCAGGUGGAUAAAGUGCAUUCGACAGUCACGACCUCCUUAUCGUCGAUCUGUACUAAGGCAGAAGAGUGUUUCGUGGAUGAAACAUCGUCUAAAGUCUGCAACCGCUUGAAAAAGAAUUGCAAUCAGUGUGUGAUAGAGAAGGAGAACGACUCGGUGUUUUCAGCUUUGACUCGGACUGAAUACAUAUGUCUUGAUGUUGAUGACAAUGGAGACUGUCCUACUGGAACAACCAAGUGUCCUACAAGACUGAAGACGUCCGAUGAUGAAAAGGAACUAGAACCAGAAGAAAACAACCAAAGCUCGUAUACCGACCCAGACGAGAGUUCCAAGACUAUACCAACGUUCGCCUCCACCGAGAAGAAAUUGAUUUCCUCCAGUAGUGAAUCCAAGUUGCCCGUCCACAGCAAUUUAUCCACUAUCGAAGCCACGCCGACCAUCGAAGCCACGCCGACUAUCGAAAACUCUUCUACUGAGAAGAACCCCACGAUUCCUCUCUUAUCCACCGACCUGAGCGGCAACACCCCUACAUCUGAAACUCCAAAGAAGCCUACGCCCACGAAAACGUCAAAUCCAGUUGCGAAAUCGUCUACGAGCGAGGAAGAGGUACAGGAAGAUGCAUCGACCGGCGGCGCGCCCACUAGUUCUUUACAUGAAUCUGUUUCUACAUCUAAAGGAUCCAACUUUCCGCCGCCAGACGCUGCCGGCACCUAUGAAGCAAAGAAGGACAAAAGCAACAACCCCGACCAGAGCAGCAUAAGCUCGGCAGUGUCCCCUACGGUCACUACACGAACAGACGACAAGUCUACCACACGAGACACGAUCACUACACCAACAGACGACAAGUCUGUUACACGAGACACAGCGCUCAGUAACAAAAGCGACGCGUCAACCACAGCGAACCACGGAUCUACGUCAGACUCUAAAUUGGGCUUGAUUCUAUGCAUCGGUCUUGGCGCUGCCGCAGUAGUGGGCUUCGCAGGUUUUGUCGUUUGGAGAAAAAAGGCGGACGAUGAGGAUUCAGACACAGGAUUCUCUCCUAACAAACCAGAUAUGAGCCGUAAUGUGGUCUCACAGCCGUCUGCAACUUCAGUAUCCACGGCUUACUUAGCUCAGCCGAGCAAAUACGGAAACAACAAUUACGAAUACCGAUACAGCAAUAAUUAUGGCAACAACUACGGCGGCGACAAUGGCUACAGCAAGAAUCGCGCGGUGGCACGAUACGUUACUGGUUCAACUGUAGAUUCUGCGGCUGGAAGGGCUCCUAGCUACGGCAGGCCGUGUUCGAUUGACAUGGAUGGUGGAUAUGAUAGUCGUCGGACAGAUAGCAUCUUGGGUGGGACAGGUGUCAUAUUGAGCACCAAGUCGGGCAUGCAGUUCAGCGCCGGCCCAAGCCCUUCAAACAGUGACACGAACCAAGAUAUGUGGGGUAACGAAAUGGGCAGCGUCCGCCAGAAGUGCACGGCCAGUUGCGCGUCCGUGGAGUUUUGA